AUGGCUGAAAAUCGGCAAAUAAGUGGAAACCUUCGAACUGCGCUUUGUAAUAUUGCUCAUGAAGCUAGGAACUUAUUGGACAAUUUCGACGAUCGAAAUAGUUUGGCGAUCGAGAGGCAGUUGAUGCAAUCGACACCAACAACAACGCAACCUGCUCGAGAAGGCGACAGAGAAAGAAGCGUGACGGCCGUUAGUACAAAUGCGAGUAAUAUAACACAUCAUCAAUCGAGAAAUCGACCUGAUUCUUCGUCAAGUCUGUCACCUCCAAGCAUUUCAUCUGUAUUAAUAAACAGAUCUAGUAAUAAUCCAUUGUUUACAAACAACAUUAGCAUAUCACGUGGUCAAAGACGAAGUGAGGAUGUACCUGCAGCUCUUCGAAGGUCUUUUCCAACCCUUGCAUCAAAAAGUUCAUCCAAGUCGGUCAAAAAACCACCAGGAAAAAAGGCAAGGAAAUGCAAUAUUGUGCACAAAGAUCUCAUCCUACUCCCUACCUCCACCACUCGUACAGUACCAACACAUCAAACAAGAUGUCAACUUGAAAAUGAUGGGUUUGUCAUCCAUGGUUGUCCCAUUGACAAGUCUUGGGAAGAGUCAGACCUAAGAAAUCAAAUAAAAGAAUGGUUCCCCAUUCUGGAAGAGAACAAUAUUGAUAUUGACUUUGUCAAGUCCUGCUAUGGCCAAAUUGUGACUCCGAAACUAGCUACAGGUGUAAAAUUUACAGCUGCUCGUAUAUUAAGCCUUUCUGGACAAGGUAGUAUAUAUAUACGCCCAAAGGAAGACAUUCCGAAUGAAGAUGAUGCUGGUUCAUACAGUCCAGGAACAGGCACAUAUUAUUCUGAUAAUACUGACAUAGAUCCAUCAAAUCUUGUAUCUAUCAAUGAAGAACAAGAUUUACCUCACAACAUGCCUUGCUCUUCUUCAACAAGCCAGCAGGAAAACAUUGACACAUUACAAGAAAUGUUUCCAAAUAUAGCUGAUGAUGUUUUAGGACAUGCACUUGUAGUACAUGGAACUGUAGAUAAAGCAGCUUUGUCUCUUUUAGCAAAUACAAGUAAUCCAUUAGUUUCAAUUAGUGACGAUGAAGAUGAUGAAAUCCUGCAGCAUCCAUCAUUUUUACCUCAGGAGACAACCUUGAAUUCCAUUCUAAAAAUGCUUGAGGGAAGACUCAGUAGUGAAAAAGAGAAGGUCAAAGUUGAAGAGGAGGACCUCUUUAAUGAUGCAAUGUGCUAUUAUAAGGAUCCCAAUUUUGAUGCGAGAAAGAGGCUUAGAGUCGUGUAUGAAGGCCAACCAGCAGUUGAUACUGGAGGGGUCACAAGGCAAUUUUUUACCAAUCUGUUAAACAUAAUUAGUGACAUGUUUUUUGAAGACAGUACUUACAAAAGUCCAAUUUAUAAUGCUGAUGUUGUUGCAUCAGGAAUGAUGAAAUACAUUGGAACAAUUAUUGUCCAUAGUAUUCUACAAGGUGGUCCUGGUUUUCCAGUAUUCAGCCCUUCUGUUUAUCAAUAUUUAGCCACUGGUGAUUUUGAGUUGGCCAUGAAAACUGCUAACAUUGGGGAAUGUUCAGCACACAUGAAACAUUUUAUUAAUCAGGUAAGGAAAUAAUGCAAUUGUUAAAUUUUAGCAGAUAUUCAACGCUCUGAGUACUGACACUCUCCCCUUGAUGAGUAAAAUCAUCAGCCAUUAGAAAGAGUGAAUUAUUAUAGUAUGGUUCAUUGGUGUGCAUUGCAAUGUAAUGGGCUGAUUGACCAUUUACAAUGCAGACUGAUUCGCUCUUCCCGUAUUAUUUUAUAGUUUAUUGUACUCUUUUGUAUUUCAUGGUGCAUUAUACACUUGAAAUGCCAGACAAACAAGCCUGGAUAUGAAAAAUUUCUUCCUAAUAAUUUGGAAUAAAUAUAACUAUAAAUCCUUUUUACACCCCCCCCCAUACCCCAUCCACCAUACACCCAGUCCACCUGAGAAAAAAUAACCUUCGGAUAUAAAUUCACCAUAGUCACUAAUGUCCAGGACAUUUUGAAUAUAGCCCAUUUAUGCAUACAGGUAAAAGGCUUUGACCUUACAGAUGAACAAGAAAGAUGCUAUUUCUAAAAGCUGAUUUACAUGUCGCUACACCUUUUGCCUAAGUCUUGAGUUGUAUUGUGUAAAUCAAGCACACAACUUGCCUAUGUUGUUUUAAGGGCUGAUUACAGUACAUGCAGAGUUUUCCGCCCGGGCUAAAUUUCAACCUGGUUAAUUAACAGAGUUAAAAUUGUUUCAUGAUCACAUGGAAAAUUUCGGCCCGGUCUGAGUCUAAAAUUCAGACCGGUUUGAAAUUUCAGCUCGGGCUGAAACAAACAAGUAUCAAAAAUGGAGCGAUUCCACUUCUUCGAAGAAUUUGAAAUAUUGUUAGAUUAUUCAACUUCUGUGAGACUGUGGUUGCAUUUAAAAUUAGAACAGACAGAAAUAAAGCCAUUUACAGUAAAUGCUGGUUUUUCAACCUGGGUCUGGGAUGAAAUUCCCUGCAUUACAUGUUGACUUUCCUACAUUACAAGUUAAAUGAAAUUUUCAUCUCGGGUACCUCAAACCGGGAUGAAAUUUCAGCCUGGCCUAAAUUUUAAUCACGGGCUGAAAUUUUUGUCACGUAAUCGAAAACUUUAUUUUAUAAGGAUUUUAUAGGACGCCAGAGCUGAAACUUCAGCAUCCUGGUCAGCCCACCCGAAAUUUUAACCUGGGCUGAAAAUCUCCAUGUAAUCGGCCCCUUACUGUAUUGAAUCAUGUGCUUGAUUUGCACAGUACAACUCAAGAUAUUGAUAAAGUUUUAGGUAAACGUUGUGUAGUGUGAAUUGGCCUUAAGAUCCAGUUAGGUUGAAUACAGUUAGGUUGAAUACAGUAUGUAUGUUGUUCCUCUGAUUUAAUGAUUUUCAAAAAAGUAAUAUAUCGCCACUUGAAAACCUUGCCAUGCCACGCUAAUAGAUUCUACUAUUGGCAGAAAGUAGGGAAGGAGGGUGUGUGAGAACAAAAUCGCAAGUUACCAAUAUGCAUAACGGUAUAAUUUUAAUAUGUAUUUUUAACCCAUUAAAUUAAGUUGCAAUGCGCCCUACCUUAGUGUUUUACUCUGAUUUUAAUCAUCAACUCAUCAAUGGAAGAGCGUUAUGCAAUAGUGGGUGAAGUGGACGUUUACAUUGUUGCUACCCAGUUCACAACUUUAUAUAACCUGCAUGCAUAUAGUUACAUAAUAUUGUUCAAUUUUACAGAAGCAUAAAAUAGGAAUAAGCAUUAGAAUUAUGUAUAAGAGUUAUUCAUUCAUUUACUAGAUAAUUCUAAAGCUAAUACACUGUAGUUACAUUUAUUCGAAACUAUGCUUCGUAAACGAUAACAAUAGUUAUAACAAUAGUUAGAACAAUAGUUAAGUAGGCAUGUGAGUUAUCAAUGGUUGACAGGUUGUUAAUUGAGUGUAAACAAAUGUUAGCCAAUUUUUUAUAUUCAAAUUAGUUUUUGAAAUCAUAUUUAUACUGGUCAUUCUACAAUGCACGGAAGGAUUUUUAACGCAGCACUGCUCCUACUUGAUAUUCUUAGAAAAUUAGUUUUUUCCUAAAUUUUAAUUAUAACUUACUCAUAUCAGGUUCUCAUUACCAUAUAGGUUGAUAAUGCUGAUGACGUGCAAUCUUUAGACCAGGAUGAAUGUCUAAACAUCAUGUGCGAAUGUGGCCUCACUGAAACUUUAACUGUACGUAUGUCUCAAAAUUAAUCAUUAAAUCAAAUAAAUAUAGCGUCACAAAAUACGUAAAAUAUUUAUGUCGAUAUAGCUUGCUGGAAAGUACUUUUCAUAUUACUGCAUGUAUAUUGCUUAUUUUGUAUUCUUUUUUCCCAGAACGAAAUAAAAUGAAGAUUAUUCAACUACUUAUUAUCCAUGAUGUUAUCGGACGACGAAAGAUUGUCAUAGACCAGAUUGCAGAAGGAUUAAACACCCUUGGAUUCAGAGAGAAAAUGAAAGAUUUUCCAGAAAUGUUUGAAUCAUUAUUUGUCCCAAGCGCUGAGAGUGAGAUGAGCCCUUCGGCAGUGGUUGACGUUCUCGAGUUUCCAGAAGUGUUGAACGAAGACGAAUCUGGAAUUGCUAAUAAUUUACAGCGAUUUCUUCUUAAUGCCGAUCCUUCGCAUCUCGAAAAAUUUCUUAUUUUUACCACAGGUUCAACAAGACUACCCAAUUAUGGCUUGGGUAAGAUAAAGGUCAAAUUCAACAAUACUACUGCUUUUUUUGCUUCAGCUUGCCUGUUCAGUAUCACGCUGCCAAAUCAGCUAACUGAUCAGCAUAGUUUUACUGCAUCUCUGAAAGCUGUGCUUGAAUCAUCAAAGAAAUCGUUCACUUCUCCGUAG